GCGGUCUGUGCUUAUAUACACUGGACCACUGCGUUAGUAUCGCUAUCGUCUUCUAAACUCUAUUGGAACAAACUCCCGAGAAACAAAAUCAUGUCUGUGGUGUGUUUUUCUUUGAGUCGCAAUGUCUUGGCUUUCAGGAACGCUGGCGGCAUGGUGAUGGUCCGGUACGCCCAGACAGCAGCUGCUCCAGCUCCCGAACCCAGAAUUAAAAAGUUCCAAAUCUACAGAUGGGACCCCGAUACAGCAGGAGACAAGCCACGAAUGCAGACUUAUGAAGUCGAUCUCAAUACGUGUGGGCCAAUGGUUCUGGACGCCCUCAUCAAGAUCAAGAAUGAGAUUGAUCCUACGCUCACAUUCAGACGGUCCUGUCGAGAAGGUAUAUGCGGUUCAUGUGCCAUGAACAUCAACGGUGGCAACACAUUAGCAUGUCUGAACAAGAUUGACGGCAACACAAGCAAGCCAACUAAAAUCUACCCCCUCCCCCACAUGUACGUGGUGAAAGACCUCGUCCCGGAUAUGAGCAACUUCUACGCGCAGUACAAAUCCAUUGAGCCUUACCUAAAGAAGAAAGAUGAGACCCAGGAGGGGAAGGAGCAAUAUUACCAGUCAGUGGCAGACCGACAGAAACUGGACGGCCUGUACGAGUGCAUCCUUUGUGCCUGCUGCAGCACCAGCUGUCCCAGUUACUGGUGGAAUGGAGACAAAUACCUGGGACCUGCCGUUCUGAUGCAGGCGUACCGGUGGAUGAUUGACUCUCGUGAUGAGUUCACUGAGGAGCGUCUGUCCAAACUUCAAGACCCUUUCUCGCUCUACCGAUGCCACACCAUCAUGAACUGCACUAAAACUUGCCCAAAGGGACUGAACCCUGGCAAGGCCAUCGCAGAAAUCAAGAAAAUGAUGGCGACAUACAAAGAGAAGAAAGCUGUAGCAACAUAACUGGAUGAAUAAUAAAUUAUUAUUCACUUCAGAGGGAAAUACUGUUCAUUAACUCGGGUGUUGAAGGAUCUUUUUUUUAUGAUUUUCAGGAGUGUCUAAUUGAGAUGGCGUGUUCAACAUCUUCAGUGGCGCAGCACCACACAUCAGUGCAUGUUAGUGAGAUUAUAAUGUAUCCAUAAGUUAUAAAUCUACCUCUGACUGUAAAUAUUCAUUUUAUGUCUACAUUAAACAUGUAAAGUGGUUAACUGCUUGUGUGCACUGUAUAUGUAAAUAAAGCCCAAG